CUACAAAUCUUCCACCACCAAAAUGCCCCAAAUCAGUGACUUUGCCGUUGAGAGGUGGAUGGAUGACCACGAAACCACCGCAACCCACAACCUCGCCGAAACCUGCUGUGCUUCCAUCUCGCUCACCGACCUGGUCUCUCUCUCGCAGAACACAAUCUCAGCAGAACAGCUCCUCAACCCAACAACCAAGCAAACCUACGGCGCAAUCCGCGGCUCAGAAGCCCUCCGCUCCAACAUCGCCAACCUCUACUCUCCAUCCCCCAUCACGAAAGACAACAUCCUCGUCACCAAUGGGGGCAUCGCAGCCAACUUUCUCGCUCUGUACUCUCUCGUCAAACCAGGCGACCAUGUCAUCGUGCAGUAUCCCACCUACCAACAGCUCUAUUCCCUGCCGCGGUCUCUCGGCGCGGAAGUGAGUCUUUGGCGCUCAGACGAGAAGAAUGGAUGGGAAGUGAACGUGGAUGAGCUCAGAAGCUUGGUGACUGAUAAGACGAAGCUUAUUAUUAUCAACAACCCCCAAAACCCCACCGGAGCAAUCCUCCCUCACUCCAUCCUGAACGAGAUAAUUUCCAUCGCAAAGGACCACGGCCUGACAAUUCUCUCCGACGAAGUCUACCGUCCCCUCUUCCACUCCACAUCCACCCCACCACCCCCCUCCCUUCUCACCUUCAACUACCCCAAAACCCUCGUCACCAGCUCCACCUCCAAAGCAUACAGUCUCGCUGGUCUCCGAACUGGAUGGCUCGCUUCGCCCUCUACGGAAAUUCUCGACCUCUGUGCUUCUGUCAGACACUACACCACUAUUUCUGUGAGUCGGAUAGAUGAUCACAUUGCUUCGCUUGCGUUGUCCCAAUCUACAGUGAAUAAUAUCCUAGAGCGAAACAUCGCCCUUGCCAAGGGAAAUCUGGAGAUUCUAUCCGACUUCGUGGAUGAGUUCAGUUGGGCGGUGAAAUGGACAAAGCCCGUGGCUGGAACUACUGCGUUUUUGAAGUUUGUGGAUAGGAAUGGACGGCCAGUUAACGAUGAGGUGUUUUGUUCGAGACUAAUGGAGAACAUGGGCGUGUUGGUUGUUCCCGGGGGGGGUUGUUUUGGGAAUGGUCGUAGGGAUGAGAAUAGACAGAAGGGGGAUUUCGCGGGAUACGUACGGAUUGGAUAUGUUUGUGAGAGGGAGGAGUUAGUCGAGGGGUUGAAGGCUUUGAGAAAGUUUAUGGCGGAGGAGUACGAGAAGUUACCUGUUAUGAUGGACUCGGAGUAGUGAUGGAUGGAGGGUUGGGAUCUGGAAUCGCGCAUAGGAAUAGUUAGUCAGGUGUGUAGCUAGCUAAUACAUUUAUCUAAAUCAAACUGUC